AUUGCAUGUCAACACUCGGUUUCUGUGUGUGACCCUACACAGGUGCAACUCUUGCCCAUGUCUGUUGCAGGUGUGGUGACUCCGUGCUCUACCUAGCCAUGGAGGACUAUGGGGCCAUGGGCCCAACCCUAGAUGAGGACUCGAGGAGCUCAUCCAGAAACUUGUGCAUGGUAGCCUCCCCGGGACCCGAGCCGAGCAGGUCUGCGUCGGCUUGCAGACAUCCGAGCCGGAGAACUGGCCUGUCGCGGCUGUGCCAGAGCAGGGUACUGCUGUCAGGAGACCGAUGGAACUCCUACUGCUUGUCGUCCUUGGCUGCUCAGAGCAUCUGCAGCUCCAGGCUGCACUGGACCCCAGACCUUGCCACCACUGAGACCACAGCCCCCACGGGCUCCUUCGGAAGCACCUCCUGCUGCUCCCUGCUGAGGCGCUUGUCCCUGGGGGGGGCGGCCCCCCUGCUCCCGGCCCCUGUGUGCAACCCCAACAAGGCCGUCUUCAUUGUGGAUGCCAAGACCACAGAGAUCCUGGUAGCUAAUGACCGUGCUUGCCGUCUCCUGGGGUCCAGCAGCCUUGGCCUGAUUGGCCAGCAGCUUAAGCACUUUUUCUUGGAGCCCAACUGCGAGGUGGUGCGGGCCCUCAGUGAGGAGCACAUGGAAUCUGACGGCAAUGCGGCUGUGGCACUUGGCACCAUGGUGGACGUGGUGAGCCAAGGUGGCGAGAAGGUGCCCGUGUCAGUGUGGAUGAAGCGGCUAAGGCAGGAGGCUCGGAGGCUGCGCUGUGUUGUGAUGCUGGAGCCUGUGGAGCGGCUGUCGGCCUGGGUGGCUUUCCAGAGUGAUGGUACCAUCACGGCCUGUGAUAAUGUCUUUGCCCGGCUGCAUGGAUACGCCAGCAUGGAUGAGGUACUUGGGCAGUGCCUGACUGACCUCAUCCCCUCCAUACAGCUGCCGCCACCUGGUGCUCCCAUCCCGCAGAACCUGAAGAUCCAGAGGUCCGUGGGGCGGGCCAAGGAUGGCAGCACUUUCCCGCUGAGUUUGAAGCUGAAGCUGGACCCCGAGAGCGGCCUGAUGGCAUCUGUCUGGGUCUUCUGUACCAUUAGUGGCCUCAUCACCCUCCUGCCUGAUGGCACCAUUUACGGCAUCAACCACAACUUUGCGCUUAUGCUCUUCGGCUAUGGGAAGAGUGACCUACUGGGCAAGAACAUUACUUUCCUGAUUCCUGGCUUCUAUCACCAUAUGGACAUCACCUGUGACAGCUCUUGGGCCCCACAGGAGCCUUCCAGCAGCCUGCAACUUGGCAGGCAGAAUGGGCCUGGGCCCGAAGCAGACCUUAAGUACGGCUGGAACCUGAAGGGCAAGGCUGAGGCCCCAUGCACCAGUGCCUCCCCAAAAGGGAAGUGUGGGCAGGCAGAUGACAGGCAGGAGGUGGGUAACAGUCAUGUCAGUGUGGACAGACAGGUGGCAGCAACAGAUGUGGGCGAUGAGCAGGUAGACAUGCCGGCAGGUGCUGCCUGGCUGCUGAGCCCAGAGGACCACCCUGGGGCCUGGGGCCUGGAGUCGCCCUCAUCUCUGCUUACUCACAGUGUCUUAGGAGGGAGCCUUGCAGACCAGGCAGAAGCUCCGCCAUCAACUAAGAACCAGAGAAACAUUCCAGAAGGGAGCUUGCCAGCCCAGAGUCGACAGUUAUUGUCCAAAGACCAGCAGAACCUUUCAGAAAGGAAUCUGUCAACCCAGAGUGAAGGGUCAUUGUCCAAGGACCAACAGAACCUUCCAGAAGGGACCCUGGCAGUCCAGAGUGAAGCAUUAUUGUCUGAGGACCAGCAGAAUCUUACAGAAGGAAGCCUGACAGUCCAGAGUGAAGAGUCAUUGUCCAAGGACCCUCAGAACCUUUCAGAAGGGAUCCUGGCAGUCCAUACUGAAGGGUCAUUGUCCAAUGACCAGCAGGACCUUUCAGAAGGGAUCCUGGCAGUCCAUACUGAAGGGUCAUUGUCCAGUGAUCAGCAGAACCUUCCAGGAGGGAUUCUGACAGCCCAUAGUGAAUGGUCAUUGUCCAAGGACCAGCAGAGCCUUCCAGAAGGGACCCUGAUAACCCAGAGUGAAGCAUCAUUGUCUAAGGACUCACAAAACCUUCUAGAAGGGAACCUGACAGCUCAGAAUGAAGAGUCAUUGUCCAAGGACCAACAGAACCUUUCAGAAGGGAGCCCAGCAGCCCAUGGGGGACAGUCAUUACCUGUAAAGCAACAGGACAGUGUCUUGAGUGGGAGCGGGCCAGAUGUUGUGGACACGGAGCCACUUGCUUCCUGUGACCCACAGGAGACCCCCCUGCUUGGUGGUGUAGGGGCUUCGUGCCAGGAUGCUGGACGUCAGGAGCUGGACGGCAGCCAUGGCCACAGUUCCCACCACUGGGCCCAGUCAGCAGAGCCUGAACACCAGGCUGCAGAGCAGUGGGCAGGGCCUGGCAGCCCCUGCAGGCCCUGGGUAGAGCGGGACGAGCUGAGGACUUACCUGAUGAAGGAGAGCCUGUCUGGCCAGCAGCUUCCCCCUAAUGGGCGCUCAGGCUGGGCAGCCUGGCCGCUGUGUGACCCGGGGGGUGCAGAGCAAAGGUGCUGGCGUGUGGGCAGCUCCUCGGCCUGCUAUGCUCUGGCCACGGACCUGCCUGGGAAGCCUGAGACCUCUGACAGCCCCCAGUCCCGGCACCUCUCAAAGCUGCCAUUGGGUGAGUGGGCGGCCAGUACCUCCUCCCGGCUGCAUGCGAGGACCCCCUUACCCCCACUGCAAGCCAGCAUGGUGCCUGAGCCCAGUGAGCGUGAGAUGCUGCUGCUGACCGGUGCCUGCUUCCACCUGCCGGAGAAUCUGGCACCUGGUGCCCAUCUCAACACGUCUCCCUUCAAGGAGCCUUUGCUGAACAUUCAGGUCACCUCCACGCCGGUGAGAGAGGACAGCUUGCCCACUACCAGGGAUGCCACCCAAGUGCCUGAGAUCCUGGAGGGCAUUUUCUUGGACAGCUGCUACCACCGCGAUGGCUCAGAGCUGAGUGCCUGUGCCCUCCCCUGCAGCAGCAAGGCCCUCAGGCUACCUGUUCCCCCAGGUGUGCAGGUGGAAGUACGGCGGGUGGAGCUCUGCGACACUGCCACGCUCUUCUGCUGCUGGCUGGUGAAGGGCCUGCUGCAGGGGCACCUCCGCUCGGCCACCCACACCCGCCAGCCUGGCUCCUCCCACCACGAGGAUGAGCCGCCUGGGGCCAGCCUGGGCGAGGUGCUGAGGACCUCUCUGUGGUGUGAAGAGCCCCUCAAGGCUGCGGAGCUGGAGGGCCCAGCGGCCUGGGAGGGACCCUAUGCCCACAAGUACAGCACCCUGAGCCCACUGGGCAGCGGCGCUUUUGGCUUCGUGUGGACCGCGGUCGACCGGACAGAGACCAGGGAGGUAGUGGUGAAGUUCAUCAAGAAGGAGAAGGUGUUGGAGGACUGCUGGGUUGAAGACCCCAUACUCGGGAGAGUCACCUUGGAGAUUGCCAUUCUGUCCAGGGUUCAGCACCCCAACAUCAUCCAGAUGCUGGAUGUCUUCGAAAACCAGAGCUUCUUCCAGCUGGUGAUGGAGAAACAUGGCUCCGGCCUUGACCUCUUUGCCUUCAUUGACCGGCACCCCAACCUGGAUGAACCCUUAGCAAGUUACAUCUUCCGACAGGUGGUGGCGGCCGUGAGCUACUUGCGCUCGAAGAACAUCCUGCACCGUGACAUCAAGGAUGAGAACAUUGUCAUCGCAGAGGAUUUUACCAUCAAGCUCAUUGACUUUGGCUCAGCAGCCUAUCUGGAGAAGGGCAAACUCUUUUAUACCUUCUGUGGGACCAUCGAGUACUGUGCUCCCGAGGUGCUCAUGGGAAACCCUUACAGGGGACCCGAACUGGAGAUGUGGUCACUGGGUGUCACACUGUACACAUUGGUGUUUGAGGAGAACCCUUUCUGUGAGCUGGAGGAGACUGUGGAGGCAGUGCUGAACCCCCCGUAUGUGGUGUCAGAAGAACUCAUGAAUGUGGUGUCAGGCCUACUGCAGCCACAACCUGAGCAGCGCACCACUCUGGAGAAGCUGCAGGAUGACCCCUGGAUCACGCAGCCCGUGAACCUCGCUGACUACACCUGGGAUGAGGUGUGUCGCCAGCACAAGCCAGGAAGUGGUGUGCUUUCCCCUGCUGGCCCGGACACCAAGAGCAGAAACUCCAGCGAAGCUGUUCAGUCUCCAGAGCCACGCUCAGCCCCCAGCCCACACUGAAUUCCACUUCUGCUACUCCUCCACUACUUGGAAACACCUGCAUUCCAGCCAAGGGGUGCACCUGGGCCCUCAGCUUGGCUUUUGGGCUGAUGGUCAUGGCCA